AUGAAGCAUAGAGAUCAUUUCCAGGAACCAGAAGAUGGAAAGUUACAGGUUGGACUGACAGUCAAUGGACCAUUCUAUGAAGAUGCUACUUUAACAUUUACUUGCACUGCUGAUAUUAUUGGUUCUGUUGGUCAAAUCUCAGUUACAUGGACAUUAAACAAUUCUGUUCUUAGACCUACGAGUAGAUCAAGGUGGAUGAUCGAGAGACUGCCACCAAAUCCAUUGAUGCCUUUCAGGGUUGUGUAUCAGAUAGCAGUCGAUCCAUUGAAAAAAAGAGAUUCAGGCAGUCUUUCCUGUAGUGUAACUGAUGGGAACUUACAAUCUAGCAGAAGUAUUAAGAUACAAGUACUUGGUAAACCAACAGUAUCUAUCUUUCCACUGACAGCAGCUGUUAAACAAGGGGAGACAAUUACUGUACAGUGUACCAUUACAAGUAAUCCUACUGAAGUGAGAGAUAUACAGUGGUAUAGAAAUGGAUAUAUGUUUGAUGGAAGUCAAGAUGAAGUCAUUGAAGCAGUACUUGAAAGAACUAGUGAGAGACUGUUUAACAGAAAUAUUCAAAGGAGUGUUUUCUAUGAAUGUGUUGGUAGAAAUGAAGCAGGAGAUGGACCAAAAGUUAUGUCUAAUUUAACAGUAUAUGUAGAUGGAGAAUCGCUCCAAAUUUGCCCUGCUAAUGUUGAUAAAUUUGGAACAAGAUGGGAAGAGACCAUUGAUGGUAUUAUUGUUACAAAGUCAUGCACUGGAAACCAAACAGGUGAAGUGUCAAGAGUGUGUGAUGAGGGUAAAUGGGGAGAACCUGAUUACAGUACUUGUGUUUUGAAAGAAUUAGUGUCCAUUGAAGAAGAGGCUGACAAGUUGACAGAGGGGGUAGAAAAAGAGGUUGUUGAUGACAUUUUAAAGAAAUUAACAAACGUCACCAAAAAAGAAAAUAAAUUGACAUCUGGUGAUCUAACUGCAGCAUCAAGUGUCUUACUUAGUGUAGCUGAUCAUGCUAAAGAACGAGUAGAGACAGUGUCAUCUGAUCAGUUAGAGGACUUUGUUGAAGCUACUAAUAAUAUCUUAUAUGAUGAAAAGAAGGAAGAUUGGAAUCAAUUAAAAACCAAACAGUCAACUGGUGUAACCACAGUGCUAAAAGCUAUUCAAAAUUAUAAUGAUGCAUAUUCUCAAAGUCAGGAUAAACAGUUUAAAACAAUUAUACAGAAGGAUAAUUUAGUUGUGGAGAUAGGGAAGGUACAGAAUGAAGAUAUUACUUUUCCUGAUAGAACACAAUCACAGCCAUCGUGGAUAGCUAAAUCUAAAACCACAAUCAAAUUACAACAGUCUUCAUUAACAGGUAAUCAACCAUUGGGAUUUGGAACUGCUUAUUACAGAAACAUAUCAGAUCUUUUCCCUCCUAAUUUGUUGAAAAACAGUGAAGUACAGGACAUUGAAGGCAGCAUGGAAGUGAAUUCUGAUGUGGUGGAUUUUUCUAUUUCUCCUCCUCUACCUUAUAUCAAUCCACCUCUUGUUAUUCAAUUUCAGUAUUUGGAUACUGAAUUAACUAAACCUGUAUGUGGAUUCUGGGAUUAUAAUGCACAAGCCUGGUCAACUGUAGGAUCUCGAUUGACAGAUGCCUCAGAUGAAAUAGCAACUUGUGAAUAUGAUCAUACCACAAAUUUUGCCUUGUUGAUGAGUCCAAUAGGUGCUAAGGUGACUGGACAUGAAAAAGCAUUGAGUUACAUAUCAGCAAUUGGUUGUGGUAUAUCCAUCCUAUUUUUGAUUAUUACUCUUGUGGUAUACUUUAAAAAUUGGAAUCGAAUCAGAUCAGAUAAAGCAAAAAUUCUGGCUAACUUAUGUAUAGCUCUGAUACUUUCAUAUGCUUUGUUUCUAUGCUUGUGGGCACCAUUAUCAGACAUAAAGGCACUGUGUAUAACGUUUGCUGUAGUACUACACUAUAUUUUCCUGGUGGAUUUCUCUAUGAUGUUAGCAAUGGCUAUAGAAAUUGGAUUCCAAGUCCUUUAUGUUUUGCCAACAAAGUCUAGAGUGAAAUGGUUGAUACCAAUUUGUUGGGUUGCUCCAACAGUCAUUGUGGGUAUUUCAAUGGGUGCAACACAAUUAGAAGGAUAUGGGGAUACUUCAGAUGUUUGUUGGCUGUCUGUAGAUAAUGGACUGAUCUGGGCAUUUAUAGGACCUGCUUUAGUUAUUGUGUUGGUGAAUCUUGUUAUACUUGUUUUAGUUAUAAGGACUUUGUUUAGGACUAUGAGGAGUAAACCUGGUAGAUCACAACAAUCAAAGUCUAGACUAGAAAAAACAAAGUCUGGUGUAAGAAGUAUUUGUGUACUUGCUCCUUUGUUUGGUGUAACUUGGGUUUUUGGUGUAUUAUCUAUAUCGAGAGAUUUGGUAGUAUUCCAAUAUCUUUUUGCAAUAUUCAACUCAUUACAGGGAUUUUUUAUUUUUGUUUUUCACUGCCUAAUUGACAAAAAGGUUAAAGAAGCAAUAAAACACCAUAGUAAUAAGAGAAGAGCAGCUCGUUUGGAUUCCUUUUCCAUCACAGAAUCAAAGUCAAGAAAAACCUCCCAGACAAGUGAUACUAAUUUAACUCCCAAGGCAAGUCCAAAAAUAUCACAUUCUAGUGUAUUUACCAAUGACCUGAAAAAAACAUAUGACAAAGAUCUGAACAAUAACCUGAAUAACAAACUGCCAGAAAGAAAGGGGUCACUGUUAAACAAGCUUGGAGAGUCAGUCAUGACAAGAAACCUGUCAUCUCCAAUAGGACAACAGCCAGAAAGAAAGGGGUCACUGUUAAACAAGAUUGGAGAGUCUGUCAUGACAAGAAACCAGCCAUCUCCCAUAGGACGACAGCUGAUAGAUAGACACUCUGCUUCUCCUAAGAAUCAGCUCUCACCAGCAAACCAACAAGAAGGUUACAAUCCAUUUGGACGGGUACAAAGUCCAAUGAGGUUGUCUCCAGGACACCAACAAACAACUCCCUGGCAGCCAAAUACAGCUGACAUUGGAACAAUUUGAAUCUACUGCCCUCACAAGACUAUUGAGAUGUUUUGUCUCGUCUGAUGUUUAACUAUAUAUAUUGUAGGACAGUAUGUUUCUGUGAUAUUAAU